AAGAGCACACUUUCCCUGACACUGCCUCAGGAAUCUUACUUCACCUACUCGGAAAAUGAAGAGUCACCCAUCGAUCACGAUGUGCACUGGCGACCCGGCAUCGGCGCCGAUGGCACUGAGACGUACAUGCCGCGGACAGUCAUUUACGACCUAAAGGGCGGCUUCGGCUCGCUCAAGAAGAUCAACGCCCUCUACGACAUCACCGACGGCAGCGAGCCAGGUGCCUCCUCCUCCUCCGCCCCCUCCUCAUCGCUGUGGUCAGGGCGCACCGUCGUGCAGAGGGCAGACCCCAUCGCCCCCAGCGAGUACCAGCAGUCUCUCGACGCCGGCCUGGAGCCGCCGCGCCUGACGACCGACUCGGUGCGGUACUGGAGCGACUUCAACCGCGUCUUCUAUCACCCGCGGAGCAUCGUCCAGAUGAACGAGUAUGAGCUGAACUCGAGCCUCGUGCCCUUUGAGAGGUGGGACACCGGCGGGGAACUAUUUGCAGGCCUGGACAGGGAGCAUGACAUUGUGGACCGCGACCUGCGGCCGUUUGUCGAGGAGGCCGAUCAGAUGCAGGGGAUCCAGAUCAUGACGACUCUGGACGACGCAUGGGGUGGGUUUGCCUCGAGGUAUGCUGAGCGGCUGCGGGAUGAGUACGGAAAGAUCACAAUAUGGGUCUGGGGCGCACAAGAACGGUUUCAGGGUGUGAGCAGGGAGAAACGACUCCUCCGCCUGGUCAACAAGGCCAAGUCCCUUGCGGAGCUGUACAAGCAGGCCUCACUCCUCGUUCCCGUCUCCCUCCCGUCCACACAGCCCCCAAGGCUGCGAAACAUGCUCUCGCUGGACGCCUCGUCACCAUGGCACGCGUCUGCUCUCCUCUCGGCAGCCAUCGAGACCGCUACGUUACCAUCCCGCCUCAAGGACACCGCGAGCAGGGACGCUCUCGGCACGAUCUCGGACAUGCUGAACGUCCACGGCAAACAGAACGUCGCCAAUUUGCAGAUGAGCUUCUCCGAUGUGGGUGAGGUACCGCACGCCGCAGAUGCGGGUGAUGAGCCCAAAGAUGGGGUGAAGCUGGACGUGGACUUCCGCCCCGCCGACGAAGUGAGUGAUGGGGUGGGGAGGGCGGCGCGCAAUGGCUUCCAUAGCCGCGCGAAGAUGUUCAGCCAGGUGCUGGCGAGCCGCGGCGAACAGGGUGACGACGACGAGGAGGAGGAGGAGGAGGAUGGACGCGGGGCGAGGAGGGAGGGCGAUGACACACGUGAAAGAGGACGUGGUGGUGCUAUCAGCCGAAGGUAUCGGUCUACGCUGAACUAUCCGCUCCUGGACAGCUUUCCUGAGAUAUUCAGAGAUGUGAAGGGCAAGGUGCUGAAGGACAAGGCUGCCAUCACAACAUCCCUUUCCACAGAUACGGAGCUUUCCGGCAAGCUGAGGUCAUUGCGGACAACAGUGACCAGGCUGAUCGGCAUCGAAGACCGAGAAGACCUCAGCAACGGGCUGGCCGAGAUGGCCGACGAGUAUCACGAGGGCUGGUCGAGCGGCAGCGAUGAGGGUGAAGAUGAUUGA